AUGGGUGGUAUUAGGAUCGCAAUAGAUCGGGGUGGUACCUUCACCGAUUGCAUUGGAACUCGUGGGUCUGGGAAGGCUGAAGAUGAUACAAUUAUCAAGUUGUUAUCUGUUGAUCCAAAAAAUUAUCCUGAUGCCCCCUUAGAGGGCAUCAGGCGUUUAUUGGAGAUCUUUAGGAAGAAGAAGAUACCCCGAGGGCACCAACUUGAUAUAUCAGAUGUGGAGAGUAUUCGAAUGGGUACAACUUUAGCUACAAAUUGUGUUUUGGAGCGGAAUGGGGAGAAAUGCGCACUUGUGACUACUAGAGGGUUUAAAGAUGCACUUCUUAUUAGGGAUCAGACGAGACCAAAAAUCUUUGAUCUGGCUAUUCGUAGGUCAGAUGUGCUGUAUGAUUCCGUGGUGGAAAUUGACGAAAGAGUGACCUUGGAAGAUUAUGCAGAGGAUCCAGCUAAUCAGAAGUCAGUUGCUUCUCCUCAUAAUCACACAUAUACAGGAAGAUCGGGUGAAGUGGUAAGAGUCAUAAAUAAACCCAAUGAAGCAGACAUUCGCUCAGUUUUACAAAUGUUAUAUGCUACUGGUAUUCGUUCUAUAGCAGUAGCUUUUUUACACUCUUACACGUUUCCUGAACAUGAACUCCUAGUUGAGGAUAUUGCGAGAGAUAUUGGUUUCACUCAUAUUUCGUUGUCUUCUAAAGUAUCUCCAAUGAUUAAAUUUGUACCAAGGGCCAACUCUUCAGUUGUGGAUGCCUACUUGACUCCUGUAAUUAGGGCGUACCUUGAUAGCAUUGAAUCUGGACUGCAGAAUAGUGAAAAUACCAAUAUGCAAUUUAUGCAAUCUGAUGGCGGGCUAGUAAAUUCUCGUAAUUUUUCAGGUUUGAAGGCAAUAUUGUCUGGCCCUGCUGGCGGAGUCGUAGGUUAUUCAGCAACUUGCUACGAUUCCAAUAAAAUUCCAUUGAUAGGGUUUGAUAUGGGUGGAACAUCCACGGAUGUUUCCAGAUUUGGUGAAGGAAAGCUGGAACAUGUGUUUGAGACAACAACAGCAGGUAUUAUCAUUCAAUCAUCUCAAUUGGAUAUUAAUACAGUCGCUGCAGGCGGCUCUUCUAGGCUGUUUUGGGAAAAUGGGUUGUUUAGAGUAGGCCCAGAAUCCGCUGCUGCUGAACCUGGCCCAACUGCCUACCGAAAAGGUGGACCACUAACAAUUACGGAUGCUAAUCUGGUACUGGACAGACUGAUUCCGGAGUUCUUCCCUAAGAUAUUUGGCCCCGAUGAAGAUCAGUCGUUGGAUUUAGAGGCAAGCAUAGAAGGUUUUAGGAAAUUAGCUGAACAAAUAAAUCAGGAUUUGGGUACUAGUAUGACUAUUGAUGAAGUGGCGUACGGGUUUAUCAAAGUUGCAAAUGAAUCUAUGGCUAGACCUAUUAGGGCUUUGACUGAAGCCAAAGGACAUAUUGUAUCCCAUCAUAGGCUGGUUUCGUUUGGGGGAGCUGGUGGUCAACAUGCAAUCGCUGUCGCAGAGGCUUUGGGAAUAAGUACUGUUUUAAUUCAUAGGUAUUCGUCUAUUUUAUCGGCGUACGGAAUGCUUUUAGCUGAUGUAGUAGAGGAAGCUCAGGAACCUUGUUCUUACAGUUUAACUGAAGCAAAUAUAGCAGGUAUAUUAGGCCCCAAAUUUGAAGAGUUGACAAAGAGAACUAAGGAUAAAUUGAUACAACAAGGCUUUGCUUCUACACAAAUUCUAUUUGACAAAUAUUUGAAUUUGAGAUAUGAAGGUACUGAAACCAGCCUGAUGGUUCUACAAAAGAACCCAGAAAGUUGGCAGUUUGAGGAUUGGUUUGCAGAACUUCACAAACGUGAAUUUGGAUUCGUUUUCCCCAAUAAGCAUAUAAUUGUUGAUGAUAUAAGGGUUCGUGCAACCGGUAAAUCUAAUACCAGAGAGGAGGAAUCUAUUGCUUACCAGUUGGCAAAUCUUACAAAGAUUACUGUCAAGGAUGAUAAAAUAUCCUUCUUUAAUAACGUAUACUUUGAAGGUGGCCGUAUAAAGACGCCAGUAUACAGAAUUGAUGAUUUAUUGGUCGGUAGCGUUGUUAAAGGUCCUGCAAUUUUAGCAGAUGGUACCCAAACAAAUAUUAUCCCUCCAAAUGCUGAAACUACAAUCCUGAACUCUCAUAUUUAUGUCGAAAUUUCUUCUAAAAUCAACGAGAAUAUUGGUAGCAGCGAUAGAAUUGAUCCUGUGCUGCUUUCUAUAUUUAGUCAUAGAUUUAUGGAUAUUGCCGAACAAAUGGGAAUCCAGUUAAAGAAAACCUCUGUAUCUACCAAUGUUAAAGAGCGAUUAGACUUUUCUUGCGCCUUAUUUGACUCAUAUGGUAAUUUGGUUGCUAACGCGCCACAUGUUCCUGUCCAUCUAGGCUCCAUGUCUACGUGCAUAGCUGCUCAAGCAAAACUUUUGGAGGGCAAGUUGAAACCUGGUGAUGUUAUAAUUACCAACCAUCCGGAUAUUGGCGGUACUCACUUGCCUGAUAUUACAAUUAUAACGCCAGCAUUUUCUUCGGACAAUACUGAAAUAGUAUUUUAUGUAGCUUCCAGAGCACAUCAUGCAGAUAUUGGUGGUACAUUACCGGGGUCAAUCCCACCAAAUUCUACAGAAUUGUACGAAGAAGGUGCAGCAAUAUACUCAGAAUUAGUAGUUAAGAGUGGAGUUUUUGAUGAAGCAUUGCUCAAGAAGUUAUUUUAUGAGGAUCCUGCCAAAUACCCAGGAUGCUCUGGAUCAAGAUGCUUAUCUGAUAACAUAAGUGAUAUUAAGGCCCAAAUUGCAGCGAAUAAUAAAGGGAUUCAGCUAAUCAAUAACUUAAUUAGUGACCUUGGUUUGGAUGUUGUGAUGACAUAUAUGAAGGCUAUUCAAUCCAAUUCCUCCAUCACAGUCAAGAAAAUGUUUAAGAAAAUUGUCGGUCAUUUUGGCCGCAAUGAAUUUGCUCAUGAAGAUUACAUGGACGAUGGAUCUGUCAUAAAGUUGAAGAUAAGUUUAAAUAUCGAAAGGGAAGAAUACUUAUUCGAUUUCAACGGAACUUCUCCUCAGGUAAAUGGUAAUUUGAACGCGCCUAUAGCUAUCACGAAUUCAGCAAUAUUAUAUUGUUUACGGUGCCUGGUUGAUGAGGAAAUCCCUUUAAAUCAGGGCUGUCUCCAACCAAUUACAGUUAAAAUCCCAGAAGGUACCCUGCUCUCUCCUACUAAGGGAGUUGCUGUGGUAGGUGGUAACGUUAUGACUUCCCAAAGAGUCACAGAUGUGAUAUUGAAAGCCUUCAACGUGAUGGCUGACUCACAAGGCGACUGCAAUAACUUUACCUUUGGAACAGGAGGUAAAGAUCCGAUUACUGGAGAAAUUCAACAAGGUUUUGGUUAUUAUGAAACCAUUGGUGGCGGUCAUGGAGCCGGCGGGGAUUCUUGGCGCGGUAUUGGAUGGAAUGGUGCGCAUGCUGUCCAUACCAAUAUGACAAACACCAGAAUGACUGAUGUAGAAAUUCUUGAAAGGCGCUAUCCUGUGAUCUUAAGGGAAUUCUCAAUUAGACACGGUUCAGGAGGCAGGGGUACUUAUUCAGGCGGCAAUGGUAUAACCCGGGACAUCGAAUUUAGAAUUCCUAUCCAAGCGUCUAUUCUGUCAGAACGUCGUGUCAAUCAGCCACAUGGACUAAAUGGCGGAGAAGAUGGUGAGAGAGGUCUCAAUCUUUGGAUUCGUAAAGAUAAUGGUGCCAUUAUUAAUAUUGGUGGCAGAGGGACUGUGAACGCGAAUCCAGGAGAUCGUAUUAUCAUCCAAACCCCCGGAGGGGGAGGAUAUGGCCCUCCACCCCACCCAACAACUAAGCGGUCUUUCUAG